AUGGAUACGGGCCUAAUCCCAGUUCAUUCGAACUUCCCUCACUCUGAUCCACAGAGGGUUUAUCCACAAGGCACUGGCAUUGGUGCUAGAAAUACACCAAAGGGCUCCAAGGUCACCAACUAUUCGAAGAGUGCAUCAUCUACUGCAGAGUCGAUUGGCUCACAAAAUGUGUCACGCGUUGGUUCUCCAAGAAGGCCAAAGUAUACGCCAGAUAUCGAUGACUCUCUUUCAAGAGUUUCGUCAAUGGGCUCAUCAAAUGAUCCAGUGUCUUUCAAAACCAGUCCUAAUCUGCAAAAUGUAUUGCCUCAUGGUCUCCACUCUGCACCACCAAAACAUUCAGCUGUGUCCUCUGUGAAUUCUUCUAAUGUGGUUCAUGAGGGUGUUACUGGGCAUUAUCUAGAUACACACAGAGGUAAUGUUCCGAUUCAACAAAUGAGCGGAGCUCCAAAUGGUCGCGGAACUGCUGAUGUUGCUGGUCAUCCUACUGCACAUCCUGUUAACCACAUAGAUACACAUCCUGUUGGUCAUACGAGUCAUUCUUCGUUGGGUCCAGAUCAUGUUAUUAUUCCACCAAGUCACGCUGGACACACAACUGCACCUCCAACUCAUCAAGCACCAAUUGCCUCUGCCUCAGCUCUGGCUGCUCCUGUUGCUCCUGUUGCUCCUGUUGCUCCUGUUGCUCCUGUUGCUCCUGUUGCUUCUGUUGCUCCUGUUGUUCAUGAUACUUCAACUUCAAACGCUACACCGGUAUCUCAUGAAGUCCCAACAGACCAUGCUGAUGUUAAGCAGGCUCCAACAAACGUUAUACCACAGAAGGAUGUUUCUCAAGGGCCAUAUGCACCUGUAACUCAACAAACAGAAGUAUCACACCCUCAUCAAGCAGAUACAGAGGAAACUUCAUUUGCAACAGAGUCCACUCUUCAACCUCGUGAUAAUAUUGUUGGUAAUUCAGAAACAUUGGGCAAGGAGAGUAUCGUUAUGACCGUACCUUCAGUCGAGUCGGGGGUUCCGAAAAUGGAAGACGAUUAUACUGAAAACUCUGUCAUUGAGUCGAUGAAUGCUGAUCUUGUUUCCGAAACUCAAAGUGAUAUUGGAUCUGUCACUGCUAGUCCAUACAAAGCUCCACAGUUUGAAACAUCAGUGGAAGAUAUUUCUGCUAGGAUGAACAAUAAAACGUUUGAACCUGGUUCAUCAAAUGUUUCUCUGGAAGAUCAUGUUGGAGGUUCAACACAGCCAUCACAUGUUUCGUUGGAUCGUUAUGCCCAAUCUCAUCCAAGCGAUUCGCCAUAUGCACCAUCCAGGUCUCCAUAUGCCAACAAUGACCAGAAGGCGCCUGUGAAGAAGAAAAACAACAGGUUUAUUCCAAAGUCUAUCUCAUCGACAGCUAGUAAAGAAGAACCUGUUGCUUCUGUUUCUGGUGAUUUGGAUUUGUAUUCAAUUUCUGGCAUUCAAUAUGUUCCCCCAACAACUGUUGCUGAAAGCGAUGACAAGAGAAACGCCGGAACAACCGUGUCACCGAGCCCAGUUGAAAAUAAUUCUCCUGAUUCUGUUCAAGGAGACGUUUCUACGAGUGAUGUUAGAAGAGACUUUGCACCUCCUGCAGAGAGAAGAGCUACAUAUUCUCCAACCAAGGAAAGAAGCUCCACGUACGUCUCGGUUGAAGAGAGUAGAAUUGUCUCUGCGCCAACGGCAGACAGAAGGUCAUCUUACAUUCCAGUUGAGGAGAGAAGAACCUCCUAUAUUCCAGUUGAGGAGAGAAGAACUUCCUAUGUUCCAGUUGAAGAAAGAAAGUCUUCCUAUGUUCCAGUUGAAGAGAGAAGAACCUCCUAUGUUCCAGUUGAAGAGAGAAGAACCUCUUAUGUUCCUCAGCAGGAGUCUCGCAAUUCUUCAUCCCCAGCUCAAUCCCGUCACGACUCUGUGUCUGAUACUAGCUUCCAUGCUCAACGUGGAGGCUCUUUUUCAAAUGCUAUGGGUCAAUCAUUGAAUAUGAGACCUAUUUCACCUCAUACAGCUGUACCACAAUCCAAAUUUGCACCACGCCAAGACUCUACGGCUGGUGGGGUGUCCUAUGAGCCACCGUCUGCUCGUAUGACUGCGUAUGAACCACCAAAGAAGGAACAAAUUGAGCAGAUACCAGAGGAGGAGUACUAUGAUGAUAUCGUUGAAGAUGAGGAUGAUGAUGAUGACGACGAUGAAGACGAUGACAAAAAUGCCAAAAACCACACUAAGAGCAACGAUAAUGUUGACCGUAAACCAUCAGUGAAGAAGAACAAAGAGAGUAAGGGUUCAAGUGGUGGGUCUGGAUGGCUCGGUGGUUGGUUCCGUAAAGACUCGAAUGAACCAAAGGUUUAUAAAGCAAAUCUCGGAGAGAAAUCCAAUUUCCACUACGAUGAGAAUCUGAAGAGAUGGGUUAAUGGAGAUGAGGACUUGGAUGAGCUGAAAAAGAAAGCUGCUCCACCUCCACCUCCUAUCAUCAAGAAGAAGCCAUCCUCUAUUCUUUCGAAGCCUCGUCCUUCUAUUGUUGAAGGGUCUAUAGGCCAACCAUCUCGCCAUCCUUCAGAUAACAACACUGCUGUGGCGAUGUCCUCAGAUUCAUCGGAGAGAGUGGUUUCAACUGGCAGCAGUGGUGCACCACAGUCAUUACCACCACCACCUUCUAGCUCGCUUACACAUAAAGCUGGACCUCCACCUCCAUCUGAUUUGGAUUCCCUAAUGAGUAUGACCAGUGGUCCAUCCACUAGAAGAAAGAAGAAGCCUGGUCGUGGUUACGUGGAUGUUAUGGGUACUAUGAAUAUGAAGAAAUGA